AUGAGCGAUGCUCGUUUACCACUUCAGGGUGUUCGCGUGGUCGAACUCGCCGGUUUAGCACCAGGUCCGUUUGCGGGUCUGUUGCUAUCCGAUUAUGGAGCGUCUGUCUUGCGAGUUGAUAGGCCUCAUCCCAACGCGCAUUCGACUUCUAAGCCUCUUCCACCUCCCACUACUGAUACCCUGACCCGACACAAGACUUCUAUCAGCUUGGACCUCAAGGCGUCCGCAUCGAAGGCGGUCCUACUCUCGCUGGUCCGCAAUGCCGAUGUGCUAAUAGAUCCAUUCCGUCCUGGUGUGUUGGAGAAGCUGGGUCUGUGCCCAACGACAGUAUUGCUCAAAGAAAACCCUCGCUUGAUAAUCGCUCGUAUGACGGGCUUUCGCCGCGAUGGGAAAUAUAAGGAUAUGGCGGGUCAUGAUAUCAACUACAUUGCUGUUUCGGGUGUGCUGGGGAUGCUUGGACGAGCGGGAGAGGCACCUUAUCCGCCAGGGAAUAUACUAGGUGACUUUGCUGGAGGAGGGGCCAUUUGCUUCUUGGGCAUUUUGCUGGCCCUUUUAUCCCGCCAAACCACGGGGAAGGGUCAAGUUGUCAACGCAAAUAUGGUUGACGGUUCUGCGUAUCUUGCGACCAUGCCGCGACUCUCACGAAAGACCCCAAUGUGGAACCGCCCGCGAGGAACGAAUGUGCUCGAUGGCGGCUGUCCUUAUUACGGAACGUACGAGACGAAAGACGCAGGAAAUUACUUUGCCAUUGGCCCGCUGGAGCCACAGUUUUUCGAAGCCCUACUGCGCGGCCUGGAGCUGUCAGCUACGGACAUAUUUCCUCCCAACUCUAACGGACGUCGCGAAGACCCGGCUAACUGGCCCCAUAUGCGCGGCGUCCUCGAGAAAAGAUUCAAAGAGAGGACCCGGAAAGAAUGGGAAGCGGUUUUCGAUGGGACAGAUGCGUGUGCUACCCCGGUCCUAACCAUGGAUGAGCUCGAGGAUCAAGGCUAUGACCAGCGACUGGUUGUUGAUCUGGCUGGUACCCCAGGCCGACCGUUUUCGGCCCAGGAUGGCGGGUGGUCACCAAAGGCCCUACGUCCAAGCACUGGAGGCGAGGAGACUCUGAGUCGAUGGCUCGGCUGGAGACGUGGGAAAGAUUUUGACGUCGAGAAUGGAGCGCUUGUGAAAACCACAGGGGCUAAGCUCUAA